AUGCCUUCCACACCGAGUAUGCACAUACGCACGGGUUUCAGUGGACUUUUGUCUAGAGCAGCCGUCGACGACAAGUACAGGGUUAGUAAGCGUACUCAGGGGCAUGGAAAUCAGGGUGCGACUGACAAGGACCACCACGAACGCAGGGUCGGACGUGGCAGUCCUUAUAGAGCUCGCAACCAGACCAAUGUUGACCAAUCCGGCAGCUUGGCUGAGAGGGUGAGGUGCAACAGUGCAGCGCGAAUGCAAAACAGCAUCCAGAACUCGAACGGUACCCUCACCCAGCCAACCAAGGCCGGCCGCAAGUUUGGCGACGUCCUCGAGAACCUCCAGACCAGCCCGUCGCUCUGCCGACGCCGAGGCGACCGCAAAUACCGCAAGAGCGCCUUCAGCUUCGGCACCGUCUUCAGCACGGCGCACCACACGCCGGCGGGCGGGCCCGACGACCCCGAGCACACGACCAGCACGCGCCACCACGGGCGCGUCUACUCAAAGUACCGCAGGUUCGUCGUGGUCGAGUGCAACGAGGUGUCCCUCGUGGCCCUGCCCAUCUACACCUGCAACGGCACGGGCCUGUCCAGGAAGCCGAGCCGCGAGAUCCCAGAGUACAUUGACGUCGUGGACCGCCGCGUCGACAUGCCCGGCCCGGCCCAGGGGGUCAACGGCCGGCUCUUUUGCGUGGCGGACGGCGAGGACGACGACGCGCCGGUGCUGCGCGGCAACAAAAACAACAGCCGCGUGGGGGCCAAGGGCGACGCCUGCGUGCGCCUCACGGAGCCCUGCUCGUUUCGCUACGGCGUCUGGGCGCAGGUCGAGGCGCGGCUGACCGACGACUCGGCCCGGCUGCUGCGCGAGGUGAGGGCCACCAAGAUGGCGGCCGCCUGCUUCGGGGUGCUGCAGGACCUGAGCCCGGCAGACCUGGUCGGACUCUUGGGGCGCAUGGUCCAGGCCGACCUUGUCGAGAAGGCGGCGCUGCUGCAGGCCGAGAGUCUUGUCGAGAUGAGGGCGCGCAAGCAGUCGAGGUCCAUGACUGCAUCUAGCAAUAAAGGGGUUGAGAAUUAA